GCGCGCGCACACAGCCGCCAUUUCUGCCUGCAGUCCGUUUCAGCGCGUCCAUCGCGCGCCAUGCGUCCAAAAACAUAACAAAAUUACAUAAUUCAACCCCUCAUACUCUUUUAAUUUCAACACUAAUAGUGCAUUCCGUGACUCCAGUGAAGUGUUCGCAAUAUUUUGUGCAGUUCAUGACAACGGUCCAUGGAAAACGUACGCAAUCAAGAAAUGAAACGUAAACGGCCGCAUUCAUCGGGCGUCGCGUGGUGAUUCUAGCCAUGUCCAUGGACGUCAGAAAAAUGCGUUACCUCCUAUUUUGUCUCCUCUCUCUUUCACUCCACAGAAACUUUGCGUUCGUUCUCGACAAACAGAAUCCAUACUCGCAAUUUCGGAAGUGGAACGCCGGUUUGAACGGAACAUUGGAACUUGAGUUUAAAACGGACCAACCGAACGGUUUACUUUUGUAUACGGACGAUGGUGGGACUUAUGACUUUUUCGAGUUAAAGUUAGUGAAUGGUGCGUUGCGUUUGAGGUAUAAUUUGGGCGGUGGUGCACAGAUUAUAACGGUUGGGAGCAAUUUGAAUGACGGACACUGGCACAAAGUUCAGGUGGCGCGGCGUGACGAGCACACGUCGCUCUCCGUGGACGGUGUCACGCAAAGCAAAACGUCACGCGGCAAGGAGUACGUGUUUGGAAAAUUUACUACAAACUCCGAUGUUUUCGUGGGCGGCAUACCACCAUCAUAUAACUCCAAACUAUCAACGCUAGCACUGCCGUCUGUUAUAUUUGAGCCAAAGUUCAAAGGGGCUGUGAGGAACCUGGUGUACUCCGACCUCCCGGGCCAGCCGCCUCGGAGGCAAGAACUGAGACACUCGCGGGAUCUGAAGUCGUCUCGGGUGACCAACGCGAGCGGGGACGCGUGCGAGCGCCGCGACCCGUGCCAGCAUGGCGGUGUCUGCAUCAGCACGGACGAUGGGCCCAUCUGUGAGUGCCGCGAUGGCGAUUACGAGGGAGCAUUUUGUGAACGAGAUAAAGCUCCAUCCGAAGCAACGUUCCGAGGGGCGGAGUUUCUCUCUUACGACCUGACGCAGACCGGCGGCGAACCCAUCGUCAGCACGCAGGACGCUAUCUCCCUGUACUUCAAGACGAGACAACCGAAUGGAUUAUUGUUUUAUACCGGUCACGAAGCAGAUUACCUAAACUUGGCGGUGCGAGAUGGAGGGCUCUCCCUCACUAUGGGGCUCGGUAACGGCAAACAAGAAAUGCACAUAAAGCCCUCCAAGACCAGGUUCGAUGACCAUCAGUGGCACAAGCUUACUGUGAGAAGAAAAAUACAAGAGAUAACACCUUUCACCAGUUUCUGUCGGGUAUCAGCGGUAGUGGACGACGUGUACUCUGAGCACGCGCACGUGGCCGGCUCGUUCACGAUGCUCGCGAGUUCGCGCGCCCACGUUGGCGGCUCGCUGAACACGCGCGCUCUGCCCGGCGCUCGAGUGCAUACUAACUUCAUUGGCUGUUUGAAAAAGGUGGAGUUCUCAGCGGACACGCUGCGCCUGAACCUCAUAGACCUGGCGCGGACGGGCAGCAAGCUGAUCACGGUGACGGGGCGCCUGGAGUACGCCUGCACUGCUACCGAUUCAGCAGACCCCGUUACUUUUGCUACUAGAGACGCGCAUCUGAUUUUACCAAAAUGGGAAGCAGUGAAAACGGGAACAAUAUCCUUCAAGUUCCGCACGAAUGAACCGAACGGCUUAAUCCUCUUCAAUAUGGGCGCGAAGCCACCAAGGGUAGGUUGCACGGCGGAUCUGUUUGCUGUGGAAAUGUUGAAUGGGUAUAUUUAUGUACACAUGGAUUUGGGAUCCGGUGGGGUUCGCGUGAGAGCCUCUAGGAGGAGGGUAGACGAUUCACAUUGGCACGAAUUUUUAUUGAGAAGAACCGGGAGGGACGGGAGGGUGACCGUUGAUGGUGCUAAUGCUGAAUUUAAAACGCCAGGCGAGUCGAACCAGCUGGAGCUGGACGGGCCGCUGUUCGUGGGCGGGCUGGGCGCGGAGUACAGCGCGGCGCGCACGCCGCCCGCGCUGUGGACGGCGGCGCUGCGCCAGGGCUUCGUGGGCUGCGUGCGCGACCUCGUGCUCAACGGCAAGCCGCAGGACCUCACCGCCUACGCGCGCCAGCAGGACGCGGCGUCGGUCCGUCCAGCUUGCCACGUGCUGAUGAAGCAGUGCGUGAGCUCGCCCUGCCAGCACGGCGGCGUGUGCUCGGAGGGCUGGAACCGGCCGCUCUGCGACUGCUCCUCCACUAACUAUGGGGGGCCCACUUGUGGCCGCGAAUCACCAACAAUAUUCCUCAACGGCAGUCAGCACCUCACAGCGUCGUUAGGUCCAGAGCACGUGACGCAGACUGAGGAAUUGCUACUUAGGUUUAAGACGAGUAAAGCCGGCCUGCUUCUGAGGACUGCGUCAGAACACUCCGCGGACAGGAUCGAGCUGGCUGUCGCUGCCGGGAGGGUCAGGGCUAGCGUGAGGCUGGGGGAUAGGGAGAAGAACCUGCUGGCGGGCGCGGGCGUGGCGGACGGCGCGUGGCACACGGUGCGCUUCUCGCGCCGCGCCUCCAACCUCAAGCUGCAGGUAGACGGCGGGCAGCCGGUGCGCGGUACGUUAUCUGAAACAAUUCUAGGAAAAGCAUCAACUUUAGAAAUAUCGACCAUUCAUCUCGGUGGUCUAUUCCAUCCGGAAGAAGAAAUACAAAUGACGUCAACACUGCCAAACUUUGUUGGAUACUUACAAAAGUUUAUUUUUAAUGGCAUAAAAUACAUAGAUCUUGCAAAGACGCUGGGAGUUGGAUCCACCGAAGAAAACAAUAAUAUCGAAGAUACAUCCAACAUUAUAUUUACUGGGAAAUUUAUAAAGCCCGACUCUCUUAACGUGUACAAAGCAGUCACGUUUAAAUCGAAACACACGUACGUUGGACUGCCACUUUUAAAAGCAUAUGCUAAUACGUAUUUAGAUUUUUAUUUCCGGACAACAGACAUGGAUGGUCUUCUAUACUAUAAUGGUGGGAAAAAGCAAGAUUUCAUAGCGAUUGAAUUGGUGAAUGGGCAUAUACAUUGUGUGUUUAAUCUUGGCGACGGUGUGGUCACUAUGAAGGAUAAGCUGAAGAAUUUCUUAAAUGACAAUAGAUGGCAUACUGUGUCUAUAAGACGUCCCACGCCUAAAGUGCAUACACUACAAGUUGACGACGAUUUAGAAAUGCACACUACAAGUUCAAAUCUCAUGCUAGAAUUAGACAGCGUAUUGUAUGUUGGUGGGGUGCCUAAGGAUAUGUAUACUUCAUUACCAGUAGGAGUCCUAUCCAGACAGGGCUUCGAGGGUUGCAUGUCUAGUUUAGAUUUGCCUGGAGAGUCUCCAUCUUUGAUUGAGGAUGCCGUUGUGCCUAGUUCAUCUUUAGUUUCGGGAUGUGAAGGUCCAACAAAAUGCACACACAACGCUUGCGCCAACAAGGGUGUGUGCGUGCAGCAGUGGAACACUUAUGUGUGUGACUGUGACCUCACGUCCUUCACGGGUCCAACGUGUUAUGACGAGUCGAUAGCGUACGAGUUCGGUCCCGGGCGCGGCAUCAUCACGUACACGUUCCCGCCGAGCGCCGUGGCGGACACCGAGACGGACCGCGUGGCCGUCGGCUUCGUCACCAGCAAGGCGGACGCGGUCAUCCUGCGCAUCGAGUCCGCCAACACGCAGGACUAUAUGCAGAUGGAGAUUAUCCGCGGCAACCUGUUCGUGGUGUACAACGUGGGCGACGGCGAGCACCCGCUGGGCGACGAGGCGGCGCGCGUGGACGACGGCGCCUACCACGUGGCCAGCUUCACGCGCAACGGCAGCCGCGCCGCGCUGCAGCUCGACAACUACGCCGUCAACCUGCGCCACCCGCACGGCGGGCAGCAGUCGACGAUAUUCAACAGCAUGUCGCGCAUCAUAGUGGGCGGCGGCGCGGGCGGCGCGCGCUCGUUCAGCGGCGUGCUGGCCGGGCUGGUGGCGGGCGCGCGCCGCGUGCUGGACCUGGCCGCCGCCGCCGACCCCGCCGUGGCCGUGCGCGGGGACGCGCGCCGCGCCGCCGCGCCGCUCGACCGCGACAUCAACCGCAUGCAGCAGACGCCGCCGUCGGGCUACGGGGGCGCGGGCGGGGGGGGCGGCGCGGACGAGCUGGUGUACUCGGGCGCGGGGUCGGGCUGCCGCGACGACGACGAGGACGCGUGCGCGCUGCCCGACGCGGGCUCGGGCGACGACCUCAUCACGCCCGUGUACGUGCCCAGCACGCGCCGCCCGCCCGCGCACCGCAAGGGAGAUGUCAGCGGGAAACUGAUGAAACCUUGCGAUGAUGAAGACUGCAUCGAAGGGUCUGGAUCGAAUGGAGAAGAUGUGACAGAGCCAGAACAUCCUAUAACAACGGCGGGCAUCAGCAUCACUCACAGCAUGACGUCACCGACCACGGCGAUAUCCACAGAGCGCGUGGACAAGGCCAUAUCCAGCUCCACGGACGCGGAGAGCAGCGUGACGACGAAGAGUGACCACGACCACGACCGUGAGCACGGCCGAGACCGCACCACGUUGCCCGACCACGACAACAUGCACGCCGGUACUGUGGAUACUGCUACCACUCCUGAGAAGGGAACUACGCCUACUGAAGAGCACACGCACACAAGCAACCAGUUCACGCCCACAGUGACGCGACACACGGAGUCGACGCACACGACCGAAGAGGAGAUACCGGAUUACGAAGACCACAGACACACCAAGAUACCAACGAGAUCGCCGUACGGGAUCGAUGAGGCGAUCCCGGGAAGUUACCCCGGCUACAAUGGGCACGAACCAGAGAUAACCACCAAGUGGUACCACCCCAAAGCCACGGACAACAGAGUUGUCCCACCGGAGUCCGAGUUCUUUGCUACGAUUGUUGGUAUCGUAGCAUCAGUACUGAUAGCGAUAAUCCUGAUAGUGAUAAUAGUGCUGAAGCUGAUGUUCAAGCUGGACCCCUCGUACAAGGUGACGGAGGACAAGAGCUACCAGCAGAGCGCUAGCGCCGCCUUGCUGGGGAACCAGGCUCACUCGAGCUACCAGUCGGGCGCGGGGUUGGCGGGGGGUGUGGGGGGUCCGGGGGGCGGGAAUGGGGGCGGGGGCGGCGGGGCGCGCGGGCUGCAGCCGCUGGCGCUGGGGCGGGGGGGCGCCGCGCCGCUCGCGCCGCAGCCCGUCAAGCGGGACGGGAUCAAGGAGUGGUACGUGUAGGCCCCAACCAACCGGCUGGGGGGUGAUUUGGUGGUCGGUGAUGUUAAUGUUAACGAUGAGAGCAAAAAAAAAAUAGUCAUCAAUUUUUAUACACUAACCAAAACAACUCUUCCGCGCUUCAGUAUCGACUCGUUUA